AUGGUGAAUCCCCAGUCUUAUUCCAUUUAUUCCUUUUCUUAUUCCUAUUUGGUUAGUUUUCUACUAUUUAUAAACUGCAGGAUUCGAUCAGCAGUCCAGGUGAAUAUUCUCCUUUCAUUUUUUAUCCUUUUUUUUUUUUUCUUGCUCUUACACCUAUGUUUUUAUCAUUCCAUGUGGUGCUUUUCUGUCGGCUUGUAUGUGUGUCGUGGUUUCAUGAGGGCUGAUGUUUUUUUUGGGGGGGGAAAUGUCUCCUUUUGUUGUUGUUCUUGUCUUUCGCUUUCUUUUGUAUUGACAAAUUUCUCCUGUGGCGGGACUGGACCAGCAAAGCAGCAGGAAAAAGCACAAGCCGGAAGAGGGGGAAAACAACGUCACAUGUACGGUGCACAUCAUCGAGUGGCGCAGUUGCGUCGCGGGGGUGCCGCAGCGGAGAGACACGCCGCAAACACUCCGUGUGAUUCAUUUGUCAAUACACCAAUGGGGACACAGGCUGAAGGUUAUACGCAGCGUACCACACAAGUGCGCUGCGGCGCACCCUCAUGUCAUUCCGUGGCUGCUGGAAACGUCUACCCGCUUCCGGCGACGAUGCGGCGGUCGUGUCUGGCGGUUCCACCCGCGUCAGAGCCGUCACGGAGCUCACAGAUGACAACGCCCGUGGCGCCAAUAACGACGACGGCACCGCCCACACAGGCGCAGGUGGGUGAUGCUGCUUUGCUUCAGGCCACACUCUCUCAGUCAUCACAACAUCAUAAGGAAACCGCAUCGGCACUUUCUUCACUGGUACAGUUCCUGCAGCAUCAGGAAAAACAUCUGGCUGCCAAUUGUCAAAGCCUCUCCUACCUCUCUGCUCUGGUCGAAAGUCAUCAGGCGCAGGUGACGGCUCUCCAGGGGCUCACUACUGAGAUAAGAGCCGUGGCAACAGCGAUUCGCGACGCGACGACAAUUCUGCAAAGGGCAAAAAGAGUCGGGGAACAUCCAGCUUUGGGAGGCACGCCCAUUCACAAUCAAUCCUGCCUGCGCCGGUCUGCUUCUUCCGCUGCUGCUUCUGCUCCUUCUUCCACGGAUGGACUUGUGCUUGGCGCGGACUCUCCGUCUGUGACGCCAUGCAAAAGAGAAGAAGGAAAAAAAGAGGAGGGAAUGAUUUUGAAGAGAGGAGGGGCAGCAUAUGUCUGUAACUCCCAGCGGCCGCAUGUUACGCUGCGAGGCACGGCCGGAGCGGCACGGUGCGCAGUGGGAUCGGAAUUCAUGGAAGACGAUAUCUUCUCCAUGUGA